CCACCAGUCAAGGGAUGCCAGGACUCUUAGAGGCCAUGCAGUCAAGGUUGGAGGCCGCUCCUGCGGUUGUGAAUGCUGGGGUACCCGAGGAUGUAGGCCCUCCUAUGCGGUUUGGCACCAUCAUUUUGGCGGAGCACAGACUGCGGCGGCUGAGCUCCACCCCGUCCAUAUACACGCAGGAGCUCGCCGCCAUGGUGUUCGGCUACGACACCCUGGCCAACAGCUGUCUGAGGGGCUCCCUGGCAGGGGGUGGAAAGGAAGUUCUGUGCAAGGACGCUGUGAGCGACAUCAUCGCCCACGUGGUGGCCAAAUUUCCAGACCAGACAGAGUCAAGUGUCCGCGCUUACUUACGGCGCAAAUGUAAUAAUGCUUCGUCAGCACUAAAGAAGAAUGGAGGCGGGUCCCAGGCCAGACUGUUCGAGGAUGCCUGCGACUAAGGAACCUCCAUUCUUCUUUAGUGCUGUAAAAACUGCCCUCGUAUUCUCUUGUUUGCU